UCCAGAAUUCAGCCGUUAAAAAUGAAGCCGUUGAAAAAGUUACCGUUGUAAAAAAUCUUCUAUAAAUUCGUUUUACUUCAAUACACAAAUCAUUCCACACAACUCUCUCAUAAAAAAAAAUCUAUAUUUCCCUAUCAAAUUACAAAUCUUAUGGAUCCCUCACAAAACUAUUAUUCGCACCUCCUUGCCGGUGAAGGAUCGACCUUAUACCCGCCGUUCUAUACAGAAGUCGUAGAAGAAGGUAACCCUAUCGAGUUAUCGCAAUCUGCAACACAACAAGUGUCAUCCCAAGAAACACCGACCACAAAGAAGAAGAAGGCUUAUACGCGGUCCGAAAAUUGGACUGUCCACGAGGAUAAGCUUCUUGUGUCUGCUUGGCUGAACACGAGCCAAGACGCCAUCCAAGGUACGGGGCAACACAAAGAUAAGUUUUGGCACCGAGCUAACGACUAUUUUAUCCUAUACUCCACCGAUCCAACGAGCCGCACGCCAAACCAAAUGAUGCAUCGUUGGUCAACGAUUCAAUUGUCUGUCAACAAAUUUUGUGGGUGCGUUGCUCAGAUUGAAGGAAGACAAAGAUCUGGUACGGGAAUUAUUGACCAGACUGCAGAAGUAAAAGAAUUAUACCAAUCUCUUUAUGGUAAACCAUUCGUGUUUGACCAUUGCUGGGUUGAGUUGCGUCAUCAUCAAAAGUGGAUCCAACAAAUGGAAUCUUACAAUAAGAUUCGAUCACAGCCGAGAAGAAUCGCUACCUCUGAUUCCUCACCAAACAAUUCCAUGCCAACGACCCCCAUCGGGUUGAACAUUGACUCGGAUGAUGUGGUAGUAAGGCCUGAAGGGAGGAAAGCGGCAAAGCUCAAGAGGAAACAAAAUGUGGAAAACUUCGAUCCCAGCCGAGAAGAAUCGCUACCUCUGAUUCCUCACCAAACAAUUCCAUGCCAACGACCCCCAUCGGGUUGA